AUGACACACGAAGCCCGCACCGCGCCUCCCGAGGCCGUGGGUGGGCCACACGCCCCCGUCAACCAAGAAGAUGGCGCACGGCCGCUGUUGGAGAGGGCCGCAGGGGAGGCGACGCCAUCGAUACAAACGAGCGAGCCACCGCUGCCCCCUGAGGCAGUGCAGGAAGAAGACACACAAAAAGUCGCCCACAACGUCCACGGGGAAGAAGACGCGAAACAGGUUGUGGGCGAAGCCUGCGCGAAGGAAGACGUGGAACGGUGUGGGUGGGCGAGGUCGGUGAUGGCGUCGUUCUCAUCGAUAGUUCCACCGGGCGGGAUGCUGUCCACCGUGUUCAACAUUGCCUCCAUAUGCGUUGGCGCUGGCAUCCUCGGACUCCCUGCCGCCUCAAACAGCAGCGGUGUGGUCAUGGCGGUUGUGUACCCGGCCAUCGUUGGGGUUCUCACUGUCUAUGCACUGUACUGCCUCGCCGUGCAGAUGGAGCGGCUUGGCCUGACGACGUACGAAGGCAUGGCACGUACGCUGCUGGGGCCUGGCUUUGACUACUUCACAACCGUUAUGCGUUCUGCAAUUACCUUCGGCGGCUGUGUCGCGGUCAUUAUCUGCGUGGCAGACACCUUCAGAGCCAUUUUCAGGAAUACGGAUGCCCCAGGGUACUGGAGGUCGAGUUCAGGCAGCCGUCUGCUGACAAGCCUGGUGUGGCUUGUCUUGAUGUUGCCCUUCGUCAUCCCGAGGCACGUCAACUCGCUGCGCUACGUCUCAAUGGUGGGCGUUGUCUUCAUCAUCUACUUUGUGGUGAUGAUCAUCGUUCACUCGGGCAUGAACGGACUGGCAGAAAACUCGAAACACAUAACUGUCGCCGGCAGACCCACCGAUGACGGUAUCCACAUGUUCGGCACCGGCAACAAGGCACUGGACGGGCUCGGAGUUUUUAUGUUCUCCUACACGUGCCAUAUCGGUGCGUUUGAGGUCUACUGGGACAUGAGAGAGCGCAGCGUGCGUCGAUUCACCCUGUACUCCGCCAUUGCAAUUCUUCUGUGCUUCAUCCUAUACGCCCUGACAGGCAUCUUCGGCUACUUUGACUUUGGCAGUCGCACAACCGUCUCCGCUCUGCUGCUGUACGACCCAGUCAAGGAGCCGGCAGUGAUGGUGGCAUGCGUUGGCGUGCUGGUGAAGCUGUGCGCCUCCUAUCCGCUUCUCAUCAUGAUCACCCGCAACUCCCUCUACCACAGUUUUGGGUGGAACCCCGACACGCUGCCGUUUUGGAGGCACUGCAUCUUCGUCAUCAGCCUCGCCGUUGCUUCGUUGCUUUGCGGCCUGUUCAUCCCAAAGAUCAACACGGUGUUUGGCCUCGUUGGUGCGUUUUGUGGCGGUAUUUCAGGAUUCAUUAUUCCCUCUCUCCUGAUGAUGUACGGCGGCAACUGGUCGCUGCGGUCAGUUGGAUGGAUGCACUACACCUUCACGUACGUGCUGCUUCUCGCCGGUGUUGCGAUGAUGGUGUUCGGCACGGGUGCCACCAUCUACAGCGCUGUGAAGGGCGACUGA